AUGUUUACCUCAAAAUUGUUUCAUUUUUAUUUGAGUGGUUUAUCUUUUUUAUUGAUAACAGUGUUUUUAUUUCCCGACUCCGUUCAAUCACAAUCUAACGCAAAGAUUACGCCAUCAACUAAAAGGUUUCCAUUAAUGAUGCCGAAGAAAUCAAUUUAUUAUGAUUUGGGAAGUCGUAAGCCGUAUGAAUUAGAACUCGACGAUACAGAAAGAUUUCCAGAUUCACCUUUAAGAUAUGUAUCACGCAGUGCUAAUGGAUGCAGCUGCAGUAGAAAUCCUCCGCCGUUGUGCAUGCCAUUGAGUUUCUUACCGAUUGUAAGUUUCUGCGUCCGCGUCUACGAUAUCGGCAUAAUUGAUAGAAAAGUUCGUGCAUGCGUUGAUUUCGAGACUCGCAUAACAUCCUGGCCAAUUUUCGUUCUUCAUUUUAAUUGUGUCAAAGUGGGGACCGACGGUGUCACCUGGGUGCCAACUACAACUCACAACAAGCCAACAGCAGCUCUUGAAACGAGUUUCAAUCCUUCGAAGCCCGGGUUUUUGGUGCCUGAAGUCUACGAUGAAGUUAAUUUCGAGCAGUCUGACCAAAUAGUUGCCUCAAAUGUUUCAGAAAUCGUCACUCAUGAUCUACCGAUUGGUUCUCUUAAAGUCUAG